AUAGGGGAAGCUCUAAUGGAUGAGUGUUUAACCCCUGCAGUGCUGGCACCAAGCCAUGGAUUCAGCGUCGACGUGGAGGUGCCCAUCACCUUCAAGGAGGCAGCAGUGGGGUUUGGGCAGAGCGUGGUGCAGUUCGGGAGUGCCGGAGCCGGGGGGCUGCUCGUCGGGGCCCCACUACAGAUGGGAGAAGUGAAUGAAACUGGCAAAGUCUACAAGUGCGACCCAGGCUCCAGACUCUGCCAGGAGAUUCCCAUUCAGAGGCCCCCGGAUGCAGUGCACAUGUCCCUCGGAUUGUCUCUGGCUGCCCGAGGCUCCAAUCUCCUGGUGUGCGGCCCCACGGUGCACCGGGCCUGCGGGGAGAACAUGUACAUCAAAGGCUACUGCUUCCUCCUGGACCAGAGCCUCCAGCAGCGCCGGCGCAUCCCGGACACCCUGGCAGAGUGCCCUAAACAAGUCACAGACAUAGCGUUCCUCAUCGACGGCUCGGGCAGCAUCGCACCUGUGGACUUUGGAAAAAUGAAAACGUUUCUCUCUGAGAUCAUGAAGCGUUUCCGAAGUGCUGACGCGCAGUUUGCCCUCAUGCAGUACUCGCACACAUUUACAGAGCAUUUCGACUUCUUACAGUACAGAAGGAGUCGCGACCCUGAUAGCCUCCUCGGGUCGGUCGAGCAGCUCAGGGGAGCGACGCACACAGCCACUGCAAUCCAGAAAGUGGUCCGGGAGCUGUUCACCUCUAGGAAAGGAGCUCGGGAUGAGGCCACCAAGAUUCUCAUUGUGAUCACAGAUGGGGAGAAAUCUGGAGACCCGCUUUCUUAUUCAGACGCCGUCUCCGAGGCUGAGAGAGCUGGAAUCAUCCGCUACGCCAUCGGGGUCGGCCAGGCCUUCUCCAGUGCUGCUGCCCAACGGGAGCUCCAGGAGAUCGCCUCUCAGCCCAGCAACGAGCACGUCUUCCGGGUGGACAAUUUCGACGCCCUCCAGGGCAUCCAGAACCAGCUGCAGGAGAAGAUCUUCGCCAUUGAAGGCACCCAGUCCCAGAGCGGCAGCUCCUUCCAACUGGAGAUGUCUCAGGAAGGAUUCAGCUCCCUGCUGUCCCCUGACGGGCCUGUGCUGGGAGCGGUGGGAGCCUAUGACUGGUCCGGCGGGAUAUACCUGUACGGGAGCGGCGGGAAGCCGAGCUUCAUCAAUGUAUCCAGAACCUCCACUGAUAUGAAUGAUGCUUACCUCGGUUAUUCGUCUCAGGUCAUCACAGCCAAUGGGCAGAGCAGCUACGUGGUCGGGGCCCCUCGCUACCAACACGCCGGCAAAGUCGUCCUGUUCAGCCGAGAUACCAAGGGCGGGGAAUGGACACAUAGAUCGGAGGUGUUGGGAGAACAGAUCGGCUCGUAUUUUGGGGGUACACUGUGUGCUGUGGACCUCGACAGAGAUGGGAACACAGACCUGGUUCUAAUUGGAGCCCCCAUGUUCUAUACACCCCUGAAUGGAGGACGGGUCUAUAAUUGCCUGAUUAACUGGCCGGGGAUGACACUGAACUGCACCAAGACACUGCAAGGACAGACGGGGCAGGCGUUCGGGCGCUUUGGGGCCAGCAUAUCUGAAAUCGGGGACAUCAGCGGGGACGGACAGACGGACGUGGUCAUCGGGGCCCCCAUGGAGAACAGCAAUCGUGGGGCCUUGUACAUCUUCCAUGGGGGAAAGGGAGGCUUCAGUCCCCAGUACAGACAGCGCAUCGAGGGGUCGCUGUUUCCCAGCAGGCUGCACUACUUUGGCCAGGCUGUCAGUGGCGGGACAGACCUGACGGGGGACGGACUCCCAGACAUCGCGGUGGGGGCACAAGGGCAGGUCCUGCUGCUGAGGUCCCGGCCGGUGCUCAGAGUCGGGGUCUCCAUCAGCUUCCAGCCCCCAACAAUCCCCACCUCGGCCUUCGACUGCCAGGAGCAGGAGCAGCUCAACACGAAGGCCAGCAGUGCAAAUGUCUGCUUCACGGUCACUAAGAGCACCAUGGACAGCCUAGGCAAUGGGAUCUCCAGCACCAUUCAUUACAGCCUGUCCCUGGACCCCUGGCGGACGAAGAUCCGAGCCGCCUUUGACUCCACCGGCUCCGUCCUGAGCAGGGAGCUGCGGCUCGGCAUUGAGAAGAAAUGUGAGACGUAUCAGAUAAAGUUACCUCUCUGCCCUGAGGACACACUGACCCCCAUCACCCUGCGCCUCAACUACACCCUGACGGGGGAGCCCAUCGCUGCUGCCGGCGACCUCAGACCCAUCCUGAGUGAGGACUCCGCGCUGGUGUCUGCAGGCUCGGUAAGGCCUCCGGAGCCAGGCAGUGGUGACUGUCUGCAGAGGGUGCGCUGUGGCCCCAUCUCUCACUGGCUGGUCUCCCAUGUUCAGUCUAACAGGAGGGCCAUGGCCGUUAGGUGCAACUCGGCCGUGGGCUCCGAGGAGCAGACUCAGAGGAACAGCACCUGCCACAUCAACCAUCCCAUCUUCUGGAGCGGGGCCGAGGCCAUCUUCAUCGCCACCUUCGACGUGUCCUCUGAGGCUGACCUGGGGGACAGGCUGCAGAUGACGGCCAAGGCCAGCAGUGACAAUGGCGGCCCCACCACCGAGCGCAUGAGUCACCGGGCGGAGCUGCCAGUCAAGUACGGCAUCUUCAUCAUCCUCACCAGUCUCGAGGAGUCGACCAAGUACGUCAACUUCUCCUCCAAGGAGGAAGGGACAAGUGUGCCAGUGACACAUCGGUACGAGGUCAAGAAUCUGCGGCAGAGAAGCGUCCCCAUCUCGGUCACGUUCCAGUUCCCCGUGGAGCUGAGCGGGGUCCGGGUGUGGGACGCCUCUGAGGUCGUCCCCUCCAAGCCCGAGCUGGCUCAGUGCGCCAGUGAGGCUGAAACGCCCGGUUCAAAGGACUUUGUGAAGCAGAUGAGCGAGCACCCCCUGCUGGACUGCUCCGUGGCCACCUGUAAGAAGAUCCGGUGCAGAAUCGCCUCCCUGAAAAUGCAGCAGCCGGUGGAGUUUACGAUCAAAGGGAACGUCAGCUUCCAGUGGGUCUCCAAGACUCAGCAGCAGAAAGUGAGUCUGGUGAGCGAGGCCCAGAUUGAAUACGAGGAGAAGAAAUACACCCAGAAGGAGGGAUUCGUCCAGCGCCAGGUGCAGACGGUGGUGGAACGCUCUGAGGUCUAUAACUACCUGCCCAUCAUCGUGGGCAGCAGCGUGGGGGGCCUGGUCCUGCUGGCUCUCAUCACCGCAGCCCUCUACAAGUUCGGCUUCUUCAAGCGCCAGUACAAGCAGAGGUUGGAGGGUGAUGGGGCCGAGCCAGCCCAGAAUGAUGCCUCCGCUCCCCUCAACGCCCCCAAACAAUAGCCCCGCCUACAUUCCCUCCCCAUGGGCUGCUCCAGAUCCACACACCAACGUGACACGCUGGACUUGGAACAUCCCUUCAGAGCCUCCAUGGGGGGCUGGGAGCCAGGACUCCUGGGUUCUCUCCCAGCAGUGGGAGGAGAGUGGGGUCUAGUGCAUUAGAGCAGGAGGGGCUGAGUCUCUCUCCACCUCAAUUUCCCCACUUGUAAUGGGAUAAUUAUCCUGCCAUUUUCUAUUUAUACUGGGAGCCGUUUGGCGCAUGGCUUGACUCUCACUGUGAAGAUGGCGCUCCCAGAGUAAAGGGGCACCUUGAUCUCAGCUGGGCUCUGUGCAGCACCAGGGUCCCCGUCUCAGUCAGGGCCUUGAGGUGCUACUGGGUAACGUCUAAUAAAGCCAAGCUCUUGGAGUUA